AUGGCUAUUUACGUAUUAAUUGUUGAGACAACGCUGAAAGCUGUGCCAGGAUUGAUCAUGGUAGUCUCGACAACCGCCGGAUCGACUGUAAUGGUCAACAUAAUGGCAUAUGUUACUGGAAUGAGUAAUCCCAUAUGUCAUGCCUGUCAUCCGUUCAUUUUUGCACUCGCGCACCGCGACUUCAAAGAAAUCCUGUACCGCCGGUCUGCACAGCUUCAAAAAGGGGAUUCCUCAAGGUCGGGCGCUGGAAAAGUUUCAGUUGUUGCUCCUGUCAACAGGGAUCGGCUAGUGGUAAAUUUGCCUCCCCAGCCUAGUCCAUCCACUAGUCGCUGCAGCGUUGCAACUCGGUACUCAUGUCGCACAUCACUUUCCGGAAAAGUCGAAAACUCGGGCAAUCAAUCGCAGAUUAAGCAGAAAACAGUGUAA